ACAUUGACAUCCCCUCACGCUUUGCCUUUGACUGUGCGUUAUCUAGCUGACUCCCGCAGUCUGGAGCCAUUCAAACGAAGCAGCUAGCUGGUGAGCCCAUUAAAUACCUCACCGCACUUCCUGGAACUGUCAGCUGUUUGUGAGGAGCUCGGGACUACGUGGUGUUUUGACUCCAGUAAAGAGGGACUCAACAAAGAUGUCCAAAGACACGGAAGGAAAGGGCGAGGAAAUUAUGGAUACGGAGAGCAAGGUGCUCUGGUACCCGGAAUCCAAGAGGAACACGCAGAUGGACAAGUUUAGGAUACAGGUCAACUUGAACUACGGACUUAAUCUGGCAAACUACAAUGACCUUUACCAGUGGUCUGUGGCCUCGUAUCCAGAGUUCUGGGCAGAGGUGUGGCGCUUCUGUGGCAUUGUCAGCUCCAAACCCUAUGAAGAGGUGGUGGACGUAUCCAAGCGGAUCUCAGAUGUUCCAGAGUGGUUUAAAGGAGCCCGACUCAACUUCGCCGAGAACCUGCUUAAGCAUGCCAACCAGGACAAAGUGGCUCUCUAUGCUGCAAGGGAAGGGAAAGAGGAGAUCGUAAAGGUAACAUUUGGGGAGCUGAGGCGUGAUGUGGCAGUCUUAGCUGCAGCUAUGAGGAAGAUGGGCAUUCAGACUGGAGACAGGGUUGUAGGUUACCUGCCCAAUGGCAUACAUGCAGUGGAAGCCAUGCUAGCAGCAGCCAGCAUCGGCGCCAUUUGGAGCUCCACAUCGGUUGAUUUUGGAGUUAAUGGUGUCCUUGACAGAUUUUCUCAAAUUCAGCCCAAAUUGAUCUUCUCAGUUGCUGCUGUGGUGUACAAUGGCAAAACACACGACCACAUGGAAAAGCUGAGAAAUGUUGUGAAAGGUUUACCUGACCUGAAUAAAGUGGUUGUAAUUCCCUACGUUUUGUCCAAGGAAGAGACUGACCUCUCCAAAAUUCCCAACAGUGAAUUCCUCGAGGACUUUUUGGCAUCCUGUUGUGGCGACAGCGACCAUUUCCCUCAGCUGGAGUUUGAACAGCUUCCUUUUAACCAUCCUAUGUUUAUCAUGUACUCUUCUGGAACUACAGGAGCUCCUAAAUGUAUGGUCCACUCAGCUGGGGGCACUCUCAUCCAGCACUUGAAAGAACACAUUCUCCAUGGCAACAUGACCUCCAGUGAUGUCAUCAUCUACUACACUACUACCGGCUGGAUGAUGUGGAACUGGCUGGUGUCUGCUCUGGCAGUGGGGGCCUCAGUGGUUUUGUACGAUGGUUCACCGCUAAUGCCAACAGCCAAUGUGCUGUGGAACCUGACGGACAAGCUGGGCAUCACCAUCUUUGGCACCGGGGCUAAGUGGCUGUCUUUGGUGCAGGAGAAGAACCUCAAACCUUCGGAAUCGCACGACCUUCAGUCUCUUCAUACCAUACUGUCCACUGGAUCGCCACUCAAACCUCAGAGCUACGACUACGUCUAUCGCUGCAUCAAGAGCACCGUGCUGCUGGGCUCCAUCUCAGGUGGGACUGAUAUAGUUUCGUGUUUCAUGGGCCAAAACCCAACGGUUCCAGUGUACCGGGGCGAGAUCCAGUCAAGAAACCUCGGCAUGGCUGUGGAAGCCUGGAGUCCUGAGGGUAAGCCAGUUUGGGGCGAGAGCGGUGAACUUGUCUGCCUGAAGCCAAUCCCCUGCCAACCCACUCACUUCUGGAAUGAUGAGAAUGGGAGCAAAUACCACAAAGCUUACUUUUCUACAUUUCCUGGUGUGUGGGCCCAUGGAGAUUAUUGCAAAAUCAACCCAAAGACAGGAGGCAUCGUCAUGCUUGGGAGAAGCGAUGGCACACUGAAUCCCAACGGAGUUCGCUUUGGGAGCUCAGAGAUCUACAACAUCGUGGAGGCUUUCGAGGAAGUGUCAGACAGUCUUUGUGUGCCCCAGUACAAUGCAGAUGGAGAGGAAAGAGUUAUUUUGUUCUUAAAGAUGGCUCCUGGAAAGCCCUUCUAUCCGGAGCUGGUGACAAAGAUUAAAGGAGCCAUCAGAAAAGCUUUGUCUGCCCGACACAUCCCCGCCUUGCUCCUGGAGACAAAAGACAUUCCCUACACCAUCAGCGGGAAGAAGGUGGAGGUUGCUGUGAAGCAGAUCAUUGCUGGUCGGGAGGUUGCACAGAGAGGAGCGUUCUCCAACCCUGACUCACUGGACCUCUACAAGAACAUUCCUGAGCUGCAAAACUAUUAAGCAUACAUGACUGAGGAGAGACUCUACAAACAUCAAUUUUAAUAAAACUGUCUUGGGUAAAGGGAGGGAUGGUGGAAAAUGGAGGUACUCUGGGAUUUAUGGUUAGCAGAAAUGGGAACAAGUGUUUUUAAAAUAAUAGGGAAUUACAUCAUUGCGUAAUAAGCUGAUGGUACAAUGCAGGGAGACUUUACACCGUGAGGUACACUGGUUGAUAGGCAAGCUUUAAAUACUGUCUUUAUGCUGCUGCUCAUAGUGUGUCAAGCUGUUUAAAUAAAUGUUAACAAAAUUAAACUCUGGGUGUAAUGUGAUGUGCACAGCAGUGCUUGUGAGUCGGCUUAUCCUGUAAAGCUUGCUAUGAAAACUUUUAAGCGCACCAUUAAGUGUUUGCGUUCACAGUUUGAUUUUCAUCAUCCUUUAAAGAAUCUCAUCUCUCUGCAGUUCUCAUCUCUACCCCUGAUGCUGCUUCAGAGAAGCUUUAGGAAUACAAUCUGGGAAGGUGUGCAGAAAAAUACUCAUAAAGCUUCAUUUCAUGCCAGCAGAUCAUUGUUGUAUGGUGUGCGUUGCUUUAUUGAUGUAUGUCUGUGCGUAUAUAUGCAUAUUAAUGAGACGACUAAUGUAUAUUUUUGGAAGAUGAACUUGUGCUUAUAAUUAUGCGUUCAAAUAUAACCGUCUAAACAUAACCAAAGGUUGGGAUUCUAUUUGGAUCUUGCAUGAAAUGUCAAAGUUUACUAAAGAUAAUUAGGAAUCCUGGAUGCACUCACAGCACUGCCUGUUUUUCACAUCUCUUUAUAUGGUUACAUUGAAAUCUGUUUUAAUUUAAUUUUUAAUAGCUAACCUCGGUUGGUUCAGUGUUUCUUCCUACUUGAAUACUGUCCUGUUUUACAAUGUUGAUAUGGAAGUUCUCCUUUUGUUGUGCGUUUCUACCAGUUUAGCACCUUUAUUACCAGUUAUGUACAAAAUAGCAGAAGUUUGGUCAUAAUUGAUGGAAAUCUUGUCAUAUUCUCAAAUGGAUGUAGGUUUGGUGCUUUGACUAGGCCACUAUUUUGCUGCCCCUAAGAUUUCCUUCCAGAAUUGUUGGGUUUUUAGCUCCAUCCUGUUUACUGUCCGCCAUGUGGGUUUGGGAAUCGUCCUAUAACUUAAACCAUCUGUAUUCUCUUGAACUUCAGAAUGACAAGGUACUUUCUCUUGAUUUAGCGCAUCCGAAUCAAGAUAUGGUCAGAUUGUGACCAAAUGUGAAACUUUAAUGGGUACGACUAUGUUUUUAAGACACUAUGGUUUUGAUCAAAAUUGAUCUGCUUUUCUGUACAUGUAAAUGUUUUUGUUAGUGAUUAUCUACAACAUCACAUGUGUCAUAGCUUUUUAAAUGUUGUUUCUCUUUAAUAGAUGUUUAAUUUUUUUACACUAGGAAAAUGUAUUUAUUCAAAGCCUUUUUUUUGGUAUGGGUUGGAGAUCCGAUGAAUGAACUGAAACAGGUUUGCUUGUUUGCCACAUUAUUGGUUAGUAUAAAGUAGAAAAAACUGGCAGUCACUGGAAAUGUGCCUGACUUAAAUGUGAAUUUUUGACAUUUCACAUACAGGGAGCAUUUUAUAGCAUUCACUUGUUUUCUGAUUGUCACAGUACUCUGUGGUAGGUGGCUUGAAUGCAAAUAUUUUCUGAUUUUCUGCUGUUCAUCACUAACAUAUUUUCAAAUUAAUUACAUUUUUCACAGGAGUCCUGUAAAAUGAAACCGUAUCCCCAUACCAAUGUUUCAUUGACAGUAUGCGUGAUGUUAUUUUGUUCUGUUUAAAUAAAUAAAUAUUGGUUCUUUUAUGAACAAAAGGAU